AGUCCUUACGGUGGUGAUCGAGACACGAGGAGUGUGCACUGAGCGACACGGCCCUGAAGAGUGCCAAGCUCCGCGAGGUCUGGUGUCCAGAGAGGUGAAGCUGGUCCGAGCAAGGCCGGUGGAGAGCGAGAAAUCGCCUGAGUUGUGUGGCCAUCAUGCCUCAAACCAGAUCCCAGACACAAGCUACCAUCGGUUUUCCGAAAAAGAAGCUAUCUAAUACCCGGAAGAAAACCAACUCCGGGGACUGUGAAGUGAAACUUAAAAACGUCCAGCCUGUACCCACCACUCCGUGUGCGGACGUAAAACUUCUGCCUCUCAGUCCCCGAAAACGUUUGGGCGAUGACAACCUGUGCAACACUCCCCGGUUAUCUCCCUGUUCUCCACCAAAGCUGGGCAAGAAAGAAAACGGACCCCCUCGCUCCCAUACGUCAAAGGGGUGCAGAUUAGUAUUCGAUGAUGAGCCGACAGUCAAGGCUUCCCCCAAAAAAGAACAAGACAGAGUUCGCCAACACCAGAUACGUUCCUCCUCCGCUCAGAGAAGUCCAGAGAGAGAAACAGAUCCUGAGCAGAAAUGUCCACCGGAGAAGGAGUCUGUGUGUAUAAGACUGUUCAAGCAAGAAGGCACUUGCUAUCAGCAAGCAAAGCUUGUCCUGAAUACAGCUGUCCCGGAUCGGCUGCCUGCCAGAGAGCAGGAGAUGGGUGUCAUCAGGAAUUUUCUGAAGGAGCACAUCUUAAAAGGCUUUAAAUCUAUCCUGCUGAAUUGCAUGUCCCUGAGGAGUGCCCAGGCUGUGUUCCCAGCUAUUGCUCAGGAGAUUGGUCGGGAGGAGCUGUGCAGACCAGCUGGGAAGGACUUGAUGAGAAAACUGGAAAAGCACUUGACGGCGGAGAAAGGCCCCAUGAUCGUGUUGGUGUUGGACGAGAUGGAUCAGCUGGACAGCAAAGGGCAGGAUGUAUUAUACACACUGUUUGAGUGGCCGUGGCUAAGCAACUCCCGCUUGGUGCUCAUUGGGAUUGCUAAUACCCUAGAUCUCACGGACAGAAUCCUGCCUAGACUUGAAGCUCGCGAAAACUGUAAGCCGCAGUUAUUGAACUUCCCACCUUAUACCAGGAAUCAGAUAGCUGCCAUCUUGCAGGAUAGACUUAAUCAGGUGUCAAAAGACCAGGUUCUGGACAGUGCUGCGAUCCAGUUCUGUGCCCGCAAAGUGUCUGCUGUUUCAGGAGACAUCCGUAAAGCACUGGAUGUUUGCAGGCGAGCUAUUGAAAUUGUGGAGUCGGAUGUCAAGAGUCAGACAGUCCUCAAACCACUCUCCGAAGGUAAAUCACCCAGCGAGUCGCCAGUUCCCAAGCGCGUUGGUCUUGCUCACAUAUCCCAAGUCAUUUCGGAAGUUGAUGGGAACAGGGUGACUUUGAGCCAAGAAAACACACAGGAUUCCCUUCCUCUCCAGCAGAAGAUCCUGGUUUGCUCUCUGCUGCUCUUGACCAGGCGGCUGAAAAUCAAAGAGGUCACCCUGGGGAAGUUAUAUGAAGCCUACAGUAGCAUCUGUCGCAAACAGCAGGUGACGGCCGUAGACCAGUCUGAGUGUUUGUCCCUUUCAGGGCUCCUGGAGUCCAGGGGCCUUGUGGGAUUAAAGAAAAAUAAGGAGAGCCGCCUCACCAAGGUGUCUCUGAAGAUUGAAGAAAAGGAAAUAGAGCAUGUCCUAAAAGGCAAAGCUUUCACUGGGAACAUCCUCGCUGCUGGUCUGCCCUGAAUGGCUCUCUUACUCACGGCGCUUGCAGGUGUCCCUCCCGCUGGCAUUUGGCAGCCCCCGGAAUCUUCAUUUUAGUAAGGUCGUUUGGAAACAGUUACGGCCCUUUUUACUCC